UUGUGGGCCAACCUCCGAGGUUGUAGUUAGCUUACUCCCCAAGUAAAAAAAAACCCUACGAUUCUAUAUAUAAGUAUACCAAGAUCACACACUCACACGACUCACUCACUACACCGCCUCUCUUGCUCUCCUUUUUUUUCCGACCCUAAUUUGCUCUCUGCGAUUUCUCAUAACGAUCACCAGGGUUUGGUGUCUGGUAGUCUCUCCACAAAAACCCUUUAUUGUGAGUGAAGAUCAGUAGCGGGGUUUUCCAUGGCUGCCGCUAAUGCCUUUGCUCUCUUGGGAAGUGAAGAAAGCCAGGAUGUGGCUAGAUUCAUUGCAGCGGAGCAGGCGACGGCCAAGGCAGCGAAACAGGCGGCUGAUGAGUUGGCCAGGAAGAAGCGCCAGGCGGCUCCUAAGAAGAAGCAGCAGCAGAUUGAUAGCGCUCCUGAUUCUUGGAUGAUGAGGGCUAAGCGCAUCAUUCUUCCUUAUCAUGUUCGAAGGAGUGACAUUAUAAUACGGAAGGAGAAGAAGGAAGGAGACAGCCGCAAAAAUAAUAAUGGUUCAGGGGAGAAGAAGAGUGAUCUUUCUGUGCAGAACAACGUAGAACAGAAUGGUAACACAGACAGCCGCGGUAAUAAUAGCGGUUCAGGGGAAAAGAAGAGUGAUCUUCCUGUGCAGAACAAAGUAGAGCAGAAUGGUAAUGGCCAGGCUAUCACAGACAAUAAAAGCAAUGGAGUUGUAAGCCAAGGUGGAGGAGCGGCUAAUAAUAAUUAUCAUGGAAGGUACAGAAGAGGUAAUUAUGGAGGGGAUAACAAUUAUCAUGGAAGCUACAGGCAAGGUAAUUAUGGAAAUUAUAUAGAUGGGAACGGUUAUCGGCCUAAUAGGAGUAACCAAGGUAGGAGAAUGAAUGAGAAUAAUGGUUAUAGGUCUGGGAGUGCGAGCCAAAUUGCUGAUGAUAAUAAUUUGCAAGUUGAGAACCAGAAGCAAGAUGGUGGUAACCAGCCGGAGGAGGAGCAAGGCUGGAAAUAUGUGGGGAGUAGACAAAGAAGUCGUAGCAGCUCCAGGAGUGGUGAUCCGAGGCGGGGUGCUUAUGGUAGGGGUAAUAAUGGCUUUAGGAGACAACACCACCAGUACCAGCACCGUUAUUAUAAUGGUCAUGAAGACAACAGAAGAAGCAAUGGAGGGAAUGUUGAAGAAACCAUCAAUGGUGAUAAUGUCAGUAAUGAACCUGAAAAGAACCAGGUGACCGAGGACAAUAACAAGACUGACGGAGCACAAGGGUAUGAAGGGGCUGUUUGUGAACCCACUGAAGAUCACAAAGGAGAGGUAAGAGGCCAAAAGAAUUCUCUGUCUAAAGAAGAUCAGGAUGCUUAUGAAGCGAAGUUGAAGGAGAGAGAAUAUUAUGCAAAGUUGAUGACUCUUGAUCAAUACGAGAAGGUGCUUUCUAGGAAGAAAAAGGCUUUGGAUGGUCUUACACAGAUUGAGGAGCGGAGAAUGGUCACUCUUGACAAGGAAUUUGAAUCAAUGAAGCUUGUGGGGAAAAAGAAUGAGGCUGGCCACGAGUAUGAGCACGAAAAACUGAAGAAGAAAGAUGGCGCAGACAAGGAGGAAAAAGCUCGCAAGUCUAUGAGCAUCAAUGAAUUUCUGAAACCAGCAAAUGGGGCGAAUUACAGGCAGCCUGCUCGCAAUGGCGAUAGGACAUUCACCGGUCCUGCCAGCAAUGGUGAGAGGCCAUUCUCGGGCCGUGGACAACAGGGUGAGAGGUUCAAUCCUAAUUCCAUGACCAGGCCACGAGAUACAUCUAGGAAUUUUCCCAGGCAGCAAGGGCGGAAACCUGUUCUUGAUACUGGAAGUGAGAAGAAGAAAGACACUGAAGGUGUUCUUAAUACUAAAAGUGAGAACAAAGACAAUGAAGGUGUUCUUAAUACUGGAAGUGAGAAGGACUUUCCUGCUCUUCCUGGUGCUUCUCCUCUUCCUGCAAGACCAUAG